AUACCUUUGGUUGGUUUAUGGUACGCCAUGGCGGAUCGUGUUGUACAUGGUGACUUUGUGAAGGAAAAUAUUCAAAAAUUCAACAAUGAGAGGCGAAGUAGUAAACAAUGGGUAAAACUAAAUGUUGGCGGGACAUAUUUUCUUACAACAAAAACAACUUUGUGCAGAGAUCCUAAUUCAUUUUUGUAUCGAUUAGUUCAAGAGGACAGUGACUUGAUUUCUGACAGGGAUGAAACCGGGGCUUAUUUAAUAGACAGAGACCCAACGUAUUUUUCUCCAGUGCUCAAUUAUCUUCGACAUGGUAAAUUGGUUAUUAAUAACGAUAUUGCAGAGGAGGGAGUUUUAGAAGAAGCAGAAUUUUAUAAUAUUACAGAAUUGAUCAGAUUAGUAAAAGAAAGAAUUCGCCUUAAAGAAAGAAGGCCACUGAAAGAUUGUAAGAAACAUGUGUACAGAGUUCUUCAGUUUCAUGAGGAAGAGUUAACACAGAUGGUAUCAUCAAUGUCUGAUGGUUGGAAAUUUGAGCAGUUAAUCAAUAUUGGUUCACAAUACAAUUAUGGAAAUGAUGAGCAUGCUGAAUUCCUUUGUAUUGUGAGCAGAGAGUGUGGAACUUCUGUAAACAGUAAUGAUGUUGAGCCUACUGACCGUGCUAAGGUACUCCAACAAAAAGGUUCACGGAUUGAGCAGCAUGCAGAUUUCGGACAAGCCCGCCAAAACAAGGAUGGAGCUGACAUUGCCAAGCUCACCGAUUGGUUUGAGAAAUUUCCUCCCUUCCCAGAGACCAGAGACAUUAUCAAGUCACCAGAAAUCCAGAAAGCAGCAGCGGUCUUUUCACACCCUUUCUCCACCACUGCUCAAGUACAAAAGGCAGGUGAAACCUGCAUCUUAAGGUGGUAUGGAGCUCCAGCGAAAGAGAUUUCCCUCAAAGCCUACAGGGUACAAGUCAUUCUUGAAAUCAGUGGCCACCAUCAAGCCUGA